GCGGUGUAAACAUAGUACUAACAGAUUCUUCAUGAGGUCGCGGCUGGUCGAAACCGGGGAGCCGUCGUCGGGAACGUAACUCGGAGUCUUAUCCGGGUCCGGUUUAGCAGUUGGGGUCUUUCGUUGCCUUUUCUCACACGGCAAAAUGGCGGAUCAGCAAGAGCGUGCUUUCCAAAAGCAGCCUACCAUCUUCCUGAACAGGAAGAAGGGUCUUGGCCAGAAGAAGCGCAAGUCCCUCCGAUACACCCGUGAUGUUGGUCUGGGAUUCAAGACUCCCCGUGAUGCUGUUGAAGGCACCUACAUUGACAAGAAGUGCCCCUUCACAGGCAAUGUGUCUAUCAGAGGACGUAUUCUCACCGGAGUUGUUCAAAAGAUGAAGAUGCAGAGAACGAUUGUGAUCCGGAGAGAUUACCUUCACUACAUUCGUAAAUACAACCGUUUCGAGAAGAGGCACAGGAACAUGUCUGUCCACCUCUCUCCCUGCUUCAGGGAUGUGGAAAUUGGUGAUGUUGUUACUGUUGGAGAGUGCCGCCCCCUCAGCAAGACUGUUCGCUUCAACGUCCUGAAGGUCUCCAAGGGUGCUGGAUCCAAGAAGAGUUUCAAAAAGUUCUAGAAUAAAUCAUUGAUUAACUAAA